AUGGAGGCAAAGAGAGAAAAUUAUAUUUACAAAAUUAGUAAUGGUAAUAAUGAUGGGAAACAACAAAAACAACAGCAACAAGAAGAAUUAGAAGAAAAUGAUGAGGUAACAACUAUAGUUAAAGAAGAACAAGAAACAGCUAUAGCAAAUAUUAAUAAUAAUAUUAUUAUUAAAUAUAAUUAUGAUGAUAAUGAUGAUGAUUUAAAUAUUGAUAAUAUUAAUAAAAUUAAUAUUAAGCUUAACUAUCAUGACAAAAUUGAUUCAUUUCAAGAAACCAACAAACUAGACAAAUCUUAUAAUAACAAUAAAUCUGUUGGAUUACCAAAAUUUCGAUAUAAAUAUUCAGAACAAAAAUUGGCCUUGUACUUGGUACAGGGUGGGCAAGUUUUUAUCCCUCUUAGAGUUUUAGGAGGAAUUGAAAAAAUCAGUGAUAGAAUUAAUUAUAAUUGGAAUUCAGAGUACACAGUUGGAAAGAAAAAAGUAAUUACUGGAAACAUGAAAAGUGCAAAAUCAAUUACUUUAUAUAUGCAUAAAGAUGUAUCAGAACAAGAAAUUGAUAUAACAGGAUUACACAUAAAUUAUAUGAUAAAAGCUAGAAAAAAUAAAUCUUACUCAAAUUGGAAAGUUGGUUGGGGAAAAAUUUCAGAUGGUACAAUCAAACAAUUAAAGUAUAAAGAUUACUUUAAUAACUUUGUUAAAAUAACAAAUGAUUUAGAAUUUCAAAUUGCUAUUUCAAUCUAUAAAAUUGAUAAAAAAAAUCCCAGUAGUAGUAGUAAUAAUGAAAAAUUUGAAUUAUGGUACGAUCAACAAGAUCAGCAAGAAGAAAAUGAUCUUAUUAUUAU